CCGGAGCGGGCUGGGCGGGGGGGCCCGCGCCGAGCCGUGCCGUACCGAGCUGUACCGUGUUGCACCGAGCCGUAGAGAGCCUCACGGUGCCGUACCGAGCCUCCCGCCCGUCCCUCGCCGCGCCACAGAGGAUGCUCGGGCCGUGAGCCCGCAGCCGGUAGCCCCGGCGCCGCGGAGCCAUGGGCAAGGACCAGGAGCUGGUGCAGGCGGUGAAGGCGGAGGACAUCGCGGCCGUGCAGAAGCUGCUGCAGAGGCCCAAGCCCGGCAAAGCCAAACUCCUCGGAUCAGCAAAGAAAGUCAAUGUCAACUUCCAAGACACCGACGGGUUCUCAGCUCUGCACCAUGCGGCGCUCAACGGCAACACAGAGCUCAUCGCGCUGCUGCUGGAGGCACAGGCUGCGGUGGACAUCAAGGACAACAAAGGCAUGCGGCCCCUGCACUACGCAGCUUGGCAAGGCAAGAAGGAGCCCAUGAAGAUGGUGCUGAAAGCAGGUUCCUCUGUGAACAUCCCAUCGGAUGAGGGGCAGAUCCCCCUGCACCUGGCAGCACAGCACGGGCACUAUGAUGUGUCGGAGAUGCUCCUGCAGCACCAGUCCAACCCCUGCAUCAUGGACAAUUCAGGAAAGACCCCCCUGGACCUGGCAUGCGAGUUUGGACGGGUCGGGGUGGUCCAACUGCUCCUGAACAGCAACAUGUGCGCGGCGCUGCUGGAGCCCAAGCCGGGCGACACCACCGACCCCAACGGCACCAGCCCCCUGCACCUCGCUGCCAAGAACGGCCACAUUGACAUCAUACGGCUCCUGCUGCAGGCUGGCAUCGACAUCAACCGGCAGACCAAGGCGGGCACAGCACUGCACGAGGCAGCUCUCUGUGGCAAGACGGACGUAGUGCGGCUGCUGCUGGAUAGCGGGAUCAAUGCCCAUGUCAGGAACACCUACAACCAGACAGCUCUGGACAUCGUCAACCAGUUCACCACCAGCCAAGCCAGCAAGGAGAUCAAGCAGAUGCUGCGGGACGCCUCGGCCGCUCUGCAGGUCAGGGCUGUCAAGGACUAUUGCAACAACUACGACCUGACCAGCCUCAACGUGAAAGCUGGGGACAUCAUCACCGUGCUGGAGCAGCACGCAGACGGGCGCUGGAAGGGCUGCAUCCACGACAACCGGACCGGCAACGACCGCGUGGGCUACUUCCCCUCCAGCCUGGUGGAGGCCAUAAGCAAACGAACAGGUUCAUGGGAGACUGUAACAAUCCCCCACCACUACCAAAAGACCCCGCUCCCGGCUUACGGGGCUGCUGUGCUAAACGGUGACGCCUCGUCCCAUCCGUUCCAUUCCCUGCCUCCACCUCCACCUCCACCACCACAUUCCCAUCAGACUCUUUUCAGUUCCUUUGGCUAUCACAGGCUCUCCCCUAGCAGUGCCGACGAGCCGCGUUACGGACAAGGUAGAUCCCGCGGGGCCGACAUGAGCCCCUCCCACCUCUCGCCGUCGCAGGGCGGAUCGGCAGUGCCAGCGCCCGCCGAGGAGAUCUGGGUGCUGCGGAAACCCUUCGCAGGUGGCGACCGCAGCAGUCUGGGCAGCACGGGCAGCGUGGCCUCUGCCCGCAGCUCGGGGAGUGGGCAGAGCGCGGGCAGCGGCGCACAUGCCCUGCACGCUGGCUCUGAAGGUGUCAAGCUGCUGGCAACGGUUCUCUCCCAGAAGGCUUCUGCGCAAGAGUCCUCCGUGGGCGAUGGGCCGGCCAAGGCGCAGGACAUCCCCGCAGGUUCCUCACGAUCACAGAGUGUGGCCAGCUCCCCGUAUGCCCCUCAGCCCCCUGCUGAGCCCCAGCUGAAGAAGAUGGAGCCACCAUCGGAGGGGAAGAGCUCGGAGGCUGUGUAUCAGUGGCUCUGCAAGUUCCAGCUGCAGCUCUAUGCACCCAACUUCAUCAACGCCGGCUAUGACAUCACCACCAUCAGCCGGAUGACACCUGAGGACCUGACAGCCAUCGGUGUCACCAAGCCAGGGCACAGGAAGAAGAUUGCCUCUGAGAUCAACAACCUCAACAUCCCUGAGUGGCUGCCCGAGUACAAGCCGGCCAACCUGGCGCUGUGGCUCUCCAUGAUCGGCCUGUCCCAGUACUACAAGGUACUGGUGGAGAACGGCUACGAGAACAUCGACUUCAUCACUGAUAUCACCUGGGAGGACCUGCAGGAGAUUGGCAUCACCAAACUCGGCCACCAGAAGAAGCUGAUGCUGGCAGUGAAGAAGCUGGCAGAACUGCAGCGUGCAGAACUGGGCAAGUACGAGCCGGGCACACUGAAGAGGAAGGGGGCAGCAGGCCCAGAGGUGCUGACCAUCGAGUCCCCACCGCCAGAGCCACCCGAGUGCCAGUCACCCAAGAUGACCACCUUCCAGGACAGCGAGCUCAGCAGCGAGCUGCAGGUGGCCAUGACAGGCGAAGCCCCCGAGGAGCCCCCCGAGAAGGUGGCAAACUCGGCAGCCCCAGGCUACCGCUCACCACCGGGGCUGGGUGGCCGUGCCAGGCUGAUGAGCAGCUCACAGGAGCUGCUGGGUGAUGGCCCACGGGCACCUUCAGCCGCUGCCAUCUCCAAAAGCCAGGAGUACCUGGCAGAGGGGGCUGGCGAGGGCACGCCUGCACCACCCAAGGAGGGACGCCCACCUCGGCACGGCCACCCCGUGAAGCGUGCCAGCGUGCCACCAGUGCCUGGCAAACCGCGGCAGCCCUUCCCACCUGCCGCCGGCCAGCUGACGCCACCACCAACCCCUGGCAAGCCGCGGCCCCCCUCUCCGCAGGGCCCAGUGGUGCCCCACGCCACCGCCAAGGUGAAGCCCACCCCGCAGCUGCUGCCACCGGGCGAGCGUCCCGCCUCGCCCCGCUCCCUGCCCCAGUCGCCCACCCACCGCGGCUUCGCCUAUGUUCUGCCGCAGCCUGCUGAGGGUGAGGGGACAGCCGCGGGGGUACCCGUCCUGCCUGUCUCGGUGCCAGUGCUGUGCCUACCACCAGCGAGCGAGGGCGAGGAGGAGCCCGGGAGACCGAAGAAGCGGGCGCACAGCCUGAACCGCUAUGCCGCUUCGGACAGCGAGCAGGAGCGGGACGAGCUGCUGGUGCCCGACGCGGGGCCCUAUGCCACCGUCCAGCGGCGCGUGGGCCGCAGCCACUCGGUGCGGGCACCUGCCGGCGGCGACAAGAACGUCAACCGCAGCCAGUCCUUUGCCGUCCGCCCCAAGAAGAAGGGACCACCCCCGCCCCCUCCCAAACGCUCCAGCUCCGCCAUCUCCAGCGCGGGCAUGGCCGAGGACUUCCCUAAGGAGGGCGACGGUGAGGUGGCCGCAGGGUCGCCCGCCGCCGAGGGGGAGGGUCGGCGGGAGCAGCGGCGUGCCAGUGACCUGGGUGGCAGCGUGGACACGGGCAGCGCCGGCAGCGUGCGCAGCAUUGCAGCCAUGCUGGAGAUGUCCUCCAUCGGUGGUGGAGCCCGGGCACUGGCACUGCAGAAGCCACACGUGGCUGCUGGGCCAGGCCCGGCCAAGGCACCCGACGGCUACUACCUGCAGCCAGGCGCUCCCGCGGGCAGCCCCGAGCGUGCCCGUGUGGCCACCGUCCUGGCCACCGUCAAGCACAAAGAGGCCAUAGGGCUGGACGGGGAGGUGGUGAACCGGCGCCGGACCAUCAGCGGCCCUGUCACCGGGCUGGUAGCAGCCGCUCGCCGCGAGCGAGCCGACAGUGUGCGGUCGGAGGCGGGCACCGACGGCGCCGGCGAGCGGCUGCGGGUCGAGCGCGGUGGCUCCCCCGAUGGCAUUCCCUUUGCCGAGGAGGGUAACCUCACCAUCAAGCAGCGACCGCGGCCCCUGGGCCCAGCCCGGGGAGAUUCGGGAGAGGGGCUGUCCCCAACCCACCGCCACGGGGACCUGGCCAAAGUGGAGGCCAGCGCCACUCUCAAGCGGCGGAUCCGGGCCAGGCAGAGCCAGCAGGACGGCGUCCGCUUUGUCCUCACCGAGUCGGACACCGUCAAGCGCCGGCCCAAGGCCAAGGACAAGGAGCCGGCGCUGGAGCCGGCCCCGAUCAUUGUCUACCAGAACGGCACCGGCACCGUCAAGCGGCGCCCAGCCUCCGAGCUAAGCGGGGCCGAGCCGCCCUCCACCCCACCGCCUGCCACCCGCCCCGACGGCCCCGAUUACACCCCGCCGCCUGCCGAGCCCAAGAAGCCCUUCAAGCCACCGGUGUCCCCUAAGCCCGUGUUGACGCCACCGCCCCAGAAGGUCCCUGGGCAACCAGCACCCAUCCCCAAAAAGGUGCCCAUCCCAAGCCCUGGCAGCCCAGAGGUGAAGCGGGUCCAUGGCACGCCACCUCCUGUGUCGCCCAAGCCGGCGCCGCCCCCCACGGCACCCAAGCCCCCCAAGCCCCACGCUGCCAUCCAGUCAGUGAGCGCCAGCUCCACGCCGGCCCCAUCCCCUGCCCGGCAGCUGGGUGCCACCACCGCCGCCAAGCCGUCCAGCACACCGCCCUCGCUCUGCUCCAGCCCCGCCAAGCCGCUCUCGCCCGGCCCCCCGCCCCAGCAGGUGCCGGUGAAGCCGCCGCGCUCGGCCAUCGCUGGACCCUCCGUUGACACCGCCGGCCCCGAGCUGGCCCAGCAGAAGCUGGAGGAGACCAGCGCAUCCCUGGCUGCUGCGCUGCAGGCUGUGGAGGAGAAGAUCAAGCAAGAGGACAGUCAGGCGGCAGACUCAGCCGUGGAGUCGAAGAGCACCGUGAGCAUCCUGGACGACAUCGGCAGCAUGUUUGACGACCUGGCAGACCAGCUGGAUGCCAUGCUGGAGUGAGGGGCACCAGGGCCCCGCGAACCUCAGGGCUUACGUGGGCACAAGGGCACAACGAUCCACGACCCCCACCCCGCCCCACUGCCCUCCUCCUCAUUGUCCCCUUUGUACAACCGUCCCCUCCCGGACAUCCCCUCGGGGUUUGCACAAAGAAGAAGAUACCUCAGGAUUGUGCUCACGGACUCUCGGCUCCGGCAGGACUCCCUCUGAGAAGCAAAAAAACCCCAGAAGAAAUAUCUUCAGCUCCAACACCAGACGAAACAAAGCAACACGAAACGGCCCCCACCAGCUGCUGGGGCUCCAGGAUGGGGUGGGGGUGUCCUCUUUCCCUACCUGUCCGGUGGCCAUCAAGCCCGUGCCCCUGCUGGCCCCGGAGCCACGGGUGGCUGUGAAUGUAGCACAAGCCCUACCCAAUGUGGUGGCCCUGGCGGUGGCUGCGUGUGGCCGAUGGCCACGCCGGUGGCAGGUCCGGGUGGGCAACUGCACUUGGGUUUAUUUUCUCCUUUCUUUUAAAGUUUCCUUGGUAAUUUUUCUUCCCCCCACCCCCUCCCUUUAUUUUUCUCUCUGUCAUCGUUGGCUGGGGGCAGGCAGAGCCAGGCAUGGGGGAAAUCACACCGGGUUUGAAGGGGGUCUGCUGGCUAUGGGGUGCAGGGAAGGUCCCCAUGGUGGAGACUUUGCCUUGGGCUGGGGAAGGGAGUUUCGUUUGUGUUGGUUGCAACUUUGGGGAGCAAGUGCAUUGUUUUGGGGCAGGUGUAUAUGUGUGUGUGUGGGGGGGGGCAGCAGGAUGUGCCCCUGCCCAAUCCCCUCCUCGCCUGGGUAGGAGGGGAACAAUGAUAAGCUAUAAAAAAAGUAUUAAUUUAUUGGAGAGGAGGGGGAAAAAAUAAAUAACACAAAGCAAAGAUAAUAAAGCAGAUUUUUUUUUUCUCCCCCCUCCCUUAGCACCAAAAUAAUAAAAAGGAGAAACUUUAACAAAUAUAUAUUUAAAAAGAGUUAAAAAAAUAUUAGUGAAUAUAUAAAGAAGUUUAAAAGAACUCAAGAGAAAAGUGGAUUUUAGCUUGAGGAAAAAAAAAAACCAACAAACAAAAAGAGAAAAAAAAAAGAGAGAGAAAACAACUAUUAUUAGAGUAUAACUAAGCUGUGUGUCUCGUGGCAAACUCAUUCUGAGAGUAGCACAAUAUUUCACCUGGUCUCUGGGUGGAAGGUAGGGUGCAAGAGGUUCCCUUUCCUUUGGGAUUCAGUCUUGGUGUCUUUUCUUUUUACCACCCUUAAGAACUCAAAAGGAUGUGCCUUGUUUUAGGGACGUUUGGGGCUGGGGUUUUGGUUUGGUUUGCUUGGGUUACUUUGGUAAUUCUUCACCUGGAGGUGUGUUUUGUUUCCUUUGGGAUGUCUUCAGGUUGGGAAGGGGUGGGUUGGCUUCUUACUCUUUAGGGUUUUUUUUGGUAUCUGUUGGGUGUGGGUCUUGAUUUGUCAUCUCAUGGGUGUGGGUCUUGAUUUGGUAUCUGUUGGGCAUGGGUCUCAAUUUUUGGCAUCUUGGGCAAGGGUCUUGGUUUGGCAUCUAUUGCGUCAAGACCUUGAUUUGGCAUCUUAGGUAAGGGUCUUGGUUUGGCAUCUAUUGGGUAAAAACCUUGAUUUGGCAUCUUGGGUAAGGGUCUUGGUUUGGCAUCUAUUGGGCAUGGGCCUUAUUUGGCAUCUUGGGUAAGGGUCUUGGUUUGGCAUCUAUUGGGCAUGGGCCUUAUUUGGCAUCUUGGGUAAGGGUCUUGAUUUGGCAUGGGCCUUGAUUUGGCAUCUUGGGUAAGGGUCUUGUUUUGGCAUCUGUUGGGCAUGGGCCUUGAUUUGGCAUCUUGGGUAAGGGUCUUGAUUAGGUAUCUGUUUAGUAAAGACCUUGAUUUGGCAUCUUGGGUAAGGGUCUUGGUUUGGCAUCUGUUGGGCAUGGGCCUUGAUUUGGCAUCUUGGGUAAGGGUCUUGAUUUGGUAUCUGUUGGGUAAAGGACCUUGAUUUGGCAUCUGUUGGGCAUGGGUCUUGAUUUGGUAUCUGGGGUAAGGGUCUUGCUUUGGCAUCUUGGGCACGGGCCUUGCUGGGUCCCCUGAUGGGUGUGGGCAGGCGUGCUUGCGGGCAUUGCGCCCCGCUGUAGAUUCCUGUACAAACCCGUCUGGUCCAGUCCUGAUGAACGCAGGUUGGGUUGGGUUCAGUUUGGGUUGGGGGGGGGGGGUUUGUUCCUUUUUUUUUCUGGCUUGUGGUUUUCAAAGCUCCAAAGUGUUGCUGGUUCCUUUCUUUCCUGGAGAUGUACAGAGUUGGUCUCUCCUCCGCCUCCCUCCUUCCCCCUCUCCCUUUCCCCCUUCCUCUCUCUUCCUUCCCUGCUGUGGUCGCUGAUCCAGAUGUGUUUGGCACAACUUUGAAAUUUCUUUUAACAACAACAACAAAAGACAUUUAAAAUAACUUUAAAAAGGACUUUAAAAACGGGGGUGAGGUGGGUGAAAGACCUUAAAAAAUGAAAAAAAAAAGACUUUAAAAAUGAUAAAAAAGACUUCAAAAAUAAAAAAAGGACUUUAAAAUGGAAAAAAAAAUCUUUAAACAUAAAAAGGCUUUAAAACUGAGGGAAAAAAAAGACUUAAAAAAUGAAAAAAGGACUUGAAAAAUGGAAAAAAGACUUUAAAAAUAAGGAAAAAAGACUUUAAAAAUGAAAAAAGGACUUGAAAAAUGAAAAAAGGACUUGAAAAACGAAAAAAGGACUUGAAAAAUGAGGAAAAAAGACUUAGAAUGAAAAAAAGGACUUUAAAAAUGGAAAAAAGACUUUAAAAAUGAGGAAAAAUAGACUUUAAAAAUGAAAAAAGUACUUUAAAAUGAAAUAAAAAUUGAAAAAUGAAAAAGACAUCAAAAACGAGGGGAAAAAGGCUUUUAAAAUGAAAAAAGACUAAAUUACUUCAGAAAUGAAAAAGACUUCAAAAACGAGGAAAAAGGCUUAAAAAUGAAAAAAAACCACUUUUAAAUUACUUCAAAAAUGAAAAAGACUUAAAAAUGAAAAAUACUUCCAAAAUGAGGAAAAAAAGACUUUAAAAAUGAAAAAAAACUUUUAAAAUGAAAAAAAGACCUUUAAAAUUAUUAGAAAGACAUAAAUAAGUAUUAAAAAGACUUUGAAAAUGAAAAAGAAGGCUUUAAGUAUAAAAAAAAGAUUAAAAAUGAAAAUAAACUCCUUAAAAUUGUUUAAAAAGACUUAAAAAAUGAUUAAAAAGAUGUUAAAAUGGUUAAAGAUGUUAAAAUGGUUAAAGAUGUUGAAAUGAUUAAAGACAUUAAAAUGUUUAAAGACAUUAAAAUGAUUAAAGACAUUAAAAUGAUUAAAGACAUUAAAAUGAUUAAAUAGACUUUAAAAGUUAAAAAAGAGACUUUAAAAAAGACAAGAAUACUUGAAAAUGAUUAAAAAGACAUUAAAAAUUACGAAAGAGCCUUUUAAAAUGAAAAAAAUGACAUUAAAAUGAGAAAGACUUUGAAAAUGAAGAAAAAAAAAGGACAUUAAAAAUGAUAAAAAAGACUUUGACAAUGAAAAAGAAAGAAGACUUUAAAAAGGGAAAAGAAUUUAAAACUGAAAAUAGUUUUAAACCAAAAAAAAGACUUUAAAAUAAUUCUAAAAAACUUUUGAGAAAGAUGUUAAAAAAAACCUCAAAACACCCUUAAAAAAACUCAGAAGUUCCAAACCCAGGAAACACUUUCAAAAAGAAAGAAACAAAGAAAAAAAAAACUCAAAAACCUCAAACCUUUAAAAUUUAAAAUAAUGGAAAAAAAAAAUCUUUAAAUGUUCUACAAAGGCCUUAAAAAUAAAGGACAGAAAAGGACUUUUCAAACCCAAGACUUCAAAAAACCUGGAGAAUGGACUUCAAAAAACAGGGGGAAAAAAUACUUUGGAAAGAGGACUUUGGAAAGAGGACUUUAAAAAGAGGACUUUGGAAAGAGGACUUUAAAAAGAGGACUUUAAAAAGAGGACUUUAAAAAGAGGACUUUAAAAAGAGGACUUUAAAAAGAGGACUUUAAAAAGGCUUUGGAAAGAGGACUUUAGGAAGAGGACUUUGGUAAGAGGACUUUAGGAAGAGGACUUCAGAAAGAGGACUUCGGAAAGAGGACUUCGGAAAGAGGACUUCGGAAAGAGGACUUCGGAAAGAGGACUUCGGAAAGAGGACUUUGGAAAGAGGACUUUGGAAAGAGAAUCAUAGAAUCAACCAGGUUGGAAGAGACCUCCAAGAUCAUCCAGUCCAACCUAUCAACCUACCUGCCAUGGUCUGGUUGACUGAAUGGGGCUGGCAGAUAGGUUGGACUGGAUGAUCUUGGAGGUCUCUUCCAACCUGGUUGAUUCUAUGAUUCUGUGAUUCUAAGAGGACUUUAAAAAGACUUUAAAAAGAAGACUUUGGAAAGACUUUAAAAAGAGGACUUUGGAAAGAAGACUUUGGAAAGACUUCAGAAAGAAGACUUUAAAGAAACAAGACUUUAAAGCAAGAGGA